CCAUUCCACUUUUGCUUUGCUGUCCAUAUCGACUAAUUACUUCUCCUGCUAUCUACCGUGCAGCCUAAAUCACCGCUUCCAAUCCGCUCUGAAUUCGCUUUUCGUUGUCUCUGACGCUUUUGGCUUGGGUGGCUCACCAGCUUCAGCCUCACAGGUCAAACCGCCCUCUGACCAAGCUCGUCACAACUUCCGGCCCGCCCAUCGUCCGCUUCCCAGCACUCCCAUUACUCUACACCCACCCUCCACACAUCCCCAACCAGCUCCUCGUUACGAUCGCAACCCGGGUUCUCACACAGUAGCACCUUUCGCGAAUUCUUAUCAGACCUCUACUGUACAUCACCAACGCCAUGGCCGACCGUGAGCAGCCCUACGACCCAUACAUUCCCUCUGGCGGCGCACCUCAGGGUGGCGCUGGCGGCCCGGGAAACAACCAGCGCACCGCUGCCUUGCAAGCGGAAAUCGACAGCACCGUCGGCAUCAUGCGCGACAACAUCAACAAGGUCUCGGAGCGCGGAGCCCACCUCGACUCGCUACAGGACAAGACGGACAACCUGGCCGUGUCGGCCCAGGGCUUCCGGCGGGGUGCCAACCGCGUGCGCAAGCAGAUGUGGUGGAAGGACAUGAAGAUGCGCAUGUGGCUCAUUGUCGGAAUCGUCGUCUUGCUGGCCAUUAUUAUUAUCCCGUCAGUCGUUGCGACACGUUAAAGCCCGUCCUGCUCGUAAACCGUCACGAAUACUUGCCUACAUGCCGUACUUAAUAUGAAAAGGGGAUGGAUGUCUUGCAGGCCUGUCCAAUGGCAUCCAGCGCGAGCGGAUGCCAGAUGGGCAGACUUGCACACGAUUCUGUAGACAGAGAUGCGUGUACUAACGUCAACGGCGAACUGGGAGCUCUUGGUUUGGUUCUUGUGCUUCAUUUCUUUUCUUGCAUUGGGAAGGGGGAGUGAGGCCCUCUUGGGAGCAGGAUGCAACAAUCGAAUGUCCUGUGUGAGGAGGGUCUGGCUUUUUCCUUUCCAUCUAUGGGUAUGGAACUCUACGCUUCCGACCGGAUAGCUGAUGAUAAUGCCAUGUUCAAAUUGGGCUUUUGCGG